AUGGGCAGUGGUAGAAAUAGUUGUAGUAGCAGUACUAGUAGCAUUAUUAGUAGUAGUAGCAGUAGUAGCAGCAGUAGCAGCAGUAGUAUUAGCAGCAGUAGUAGUAGUAGUAGUUGCAGCAGUAGCAGUACCAGCAGCAGCAUUAGUUACAGUAGUAGUAGUAGCAGCAGUAGUAGCAGUAGCAGUAGUAGCAGCAGUAGUAGCAUCAGUAUUAGUAGUAGUAGCAGCAGCAGCAGUAGUAGUAGUAUUAGCAGCAGUAAUAGUAGCAGUAGCAGCAGUAGUAUUAGUAGCAGCAGUAUUAGUAGUAGUAGCAGUACUAGUAGCAGGAGUAGUAGUAGCAGCAGUAGCAGCAGUAGUAGUAGCAGUAGCAGUAGUAGCAGCAGUAGUAUUAGCAGCAGUAGUAGUAGUAGUAGUAGCAAUAGUUGUAGUAGUAGCAGUAGUAGCAGCAGCAGUAACAGCAGCAGUAACAGUAGUAGUAGUAGCAGCAGUAACAGUAGUAGUAGCAAUAGUUGCAGUAGUAUUAGCAGUAGUAGUAGUAGUAGUAGUAGCAGCAGCAAUAUUUGCAGUAGUAGUACUAGUAUUAACAGCAGUAGUAGCAAUAGUUGUAUUAGCAGUAGUAGACAUAGUAGUAGUAGCAGCAGU